AUGUUCCUAUUACUUCCUAUCAUAGCGACCGUGCUUACCCUGGCCUCAACCGUCAUAUCAACCGGCCUACUAAUACCACUAUACGCCUGGCCCGGCAUAGAUGCAUGGAAUACAAUCUACGACUCAAUCGCAGCCCACCCCUCAAUCCCAUUCUUCCUAAUCAUCAACCCAUCCACGGGUCCCGGCGACACAGAAUACCCAGAAGAAGUCUUCAUAACCGCCAUCGCGAAGCUAAACAGCUAUUCCAACGCCAACGUACUGGGCUACAUACACACAAAACAAGGCACACGAUCCAGCCCCGAAGUCGAAAGGGACAUCGCUACCUACGCCAAAUGGGCCACCUACACAGGGAGAAAUAUCCGUCUCUCCGGCAUCUUCUUCGACGAGGCAGCCAACGGUGAAGAUCCAAGCAAGCUCGCCUAUUUCGAGAACUUGUCGAGAAUGUCUAAAAUCAGCGGCUUGAGUACUAUCAUCUUCAACCCUGGCGUCAAGCUUGCGGCUGAUGUUGCUAAGUGGUUUGCGGCGGCGGACUUUAUUGUCGAGUAUGAGAAUACCUAUGCUAAUUGGGUGGAUUUGGCUCCUGAUGAACAUUUCUCGAUGCCUGGUCAUUAUGAAAAAAGUGCUGUUAUUUUGAAUCAGACGCCUGGGGACGCCGAUGUUGAUCAUGUUGUUCGGUUGGCGAAGGAUAUGGGGCUAGGUGCGAUUUAUCUGGCUUCGGAUGAUAAUUAUAUGAGUCUCUCUACUGUGCCUAAGGUUGCUGUUGCUGUUGCUCAAAGCAGAAGUGCCAGGCGGAGGUGGUACAGUCAAUAUUAG